AUGGGGAGGCCACUUUGCCUUCAGUUCAACUUGCGUGGCGACGGAGUGUCUGAAGUCGCGGCUGACGGACUCGCUGCGAGGAACCUGCACAGGAUACUGCUGCUUGACCAGCUACGUGAUGGUCAAGCCAAGCGGCAGCAGCGGCUGGCCCUCAAAGAGAAAGAAGCUGCUGCUGCUGCUGCUGCUGCUGCUGCAGCAGCAGCAGCUGCUGCUGCAGGAACUGCUGCAGGGGAAGCAGAAGAAACGGCAGAAAAAACGGCGAAGGAAGCGGCAGGAGCAGCAGCAGCAGCAGAUGGAGCAGCAGCAGCAGCAGAUGGAGCAGCAGCAGCAGCAGCUGCUGCUGCUGCUGCAGCAGGUGAAACGCAGCAGCAGGCGGGGAAAGAGCAGCAAAUAGCGAAAGCCCCAGCAAAUAAAAGCAGCAGCAAAAGAAUCAAAAAAGAAAAAAAGAAAACAAAAGAAGAUCCAAAAGAUGCUAUAAAAGACAAAAACCAACAGACGCAGCCAGCAGCAGCAGCAGCAGCAGCAGCAGCAACUGACACGGGGAAGAAAAAGGCCAGAGAAAAAACACAAGGAAAACCGAGGCCUAAAAAGGAUACGAAAAAGGCAGCAGCAGCAGCAGCGACAGCAGCAGCAACAGCAGCAGCAACAGCAGCAGCAGGCGAAAGCGAAGCAAAGGCGCAAACGGAGACAGAGCCUGAGACAACAGCAGCAGCUGCAGCAGCAGCAGCAGCAGCAGCAGGAGAGGCAGCAGCAGCUGAAGCGGAGGGCAUAUUAGCAGCAGAAGAAAUAACAAGGGGAACAGCAGCAGCAGAAGAAAAAACAGAAGCAACAGCAGCAGCAGCAGAAAAAGCAGCAGCAGCAGCAGCAGAAGAAGAGGGAGAAGAACCAGCAGCAGAAGAAAAAGCAGCAGCAGCAGCAGCAAAAGAAGGAACACCAGAAGCAACAGCAGCAGCAGAAGAAAAGGCAGAAGAAGCAGCAGCGGCAGAAGAAAAAGCAGCAGCAGCAGCAGAAGAAGAAAAAGCAGCAGCAGCAGCAGCAAAGGAAGAACAAACAGAGGCAACAGCAGCAGCACCCGAAGGAGAAGCGGCAGCAAAACCAGCUCUAGACGAAAAUGAAGCAGCAGCAGCAGCAGCAGCAGCAGCAGCAGCAACUGCAACAACUGCAGCAACUGCAACAACUGCAGCAACUGAAGCAACUGCAGCAGAAGAAGCAGCAGCCUGCAGCAGCAGGCAACAGAGAAAUAGCCGCAGAGACAGCAGCCCCCAAAAGCACAGCAGCAGCAGCAGCAGCAGCAGCAGCAGCAACAGCAGCAGCAGCAGCAGCAGCAGAACCGAAGACAAACAGAAAAAGGAGAAAAAGGAAAAACGGAAAAUGAAAAAAAUCCGAAAAAAACAAAAAUGGAUUCAAAGAAGCAAAAAGAAGACAACAGCAAAAAGGGAACUGCAGCAGCAACAGCAGCAGCAGCAGCAGCAGCAGCAGCAGCAGCAAAAAAGAAAAAGGGGAAAUCUGAGGGGUGAGGAAAGCAGCAAAAAAGAAAAGAAUAAAUAA